UCUAACCAUGAGAAGAGAAGCAUUGGUGAACAAUGUGCCUGAUGAUAUUCCAAGAGAUCAAUAGGCUUAUUUUGUCAAUUAUCGACUAAAACCGUCUACAGUUGAGCUUUGCAUGAAAAAUAAGGAAAAUCGAAGCAAGAAAACCAUUCCUCACACUUGUGGAUCUAAAUCCAACUCUCGGAGGCGACAUGAGAUGUACUUGGAAACGGGAAAGAAGCCUAGUAGAGGAAUGAUGUACAUUGAAACACAUAAGAGAAAUGAUGAGUCUUUUGUAAAUAACGAGGCAUUAACUAUAGUGGAACAAAUUGAGCUGAAUAUGACACAGUCAAAUGCACAAUUUGAGGUGUCCCCUAAUGAUGUUGUUGGUAAAGUUUUGGGGCCUGAACACUCUGGGAGAGUUCGUUGCAUGGGCAUGGGAGCAGCACCUACGAAUACCUUUAGGAAUGUGAGAAGUCGGCUUAAUGGGAUGACCAUCUCCACUAAUUCAGCUGGAUCUUCUUCGCCUACUACUGCUGUAAUUUUACAGGAAAAGAUCAAUAAUUUAGAGUCUGACUUACAUAAUUCACAGCAAAAGGUUACUAGUCUAGAAUCUAAGUUGCAGCAAUCAUUUGAUAUGAUGAAAGCAUACCUAAUGAUGAAGGAAGGAGGAAUUUCCGAAGCGCUUGUCGGCUUCUUUUCUACCCGAGAGGCUAAUGAUGCUGAAAGCGAGCCUACUACUCCCUUUGAUGCUAGGAGAUCAGUUGGUGAUAGCAACGGACAUCCAAGAAUAAAUAUUUGAGACUUUAUGUAAUUAGAUGAUAUUGAAAUAUUGAAGUUGUUGUUUUAUUUUACUUUUUAAAGAAAAAUAAUAAUAGUUAUGUAGAACAAUACAUAUGCAAUUAU